GACGAUAUGAUGAAUGAAAGAAGAAUGAAUAAUCAAACUUCUUUCUCUGAAUUUCUGCUCCUCGAAUUCUCAGGAACCUGGGAAAUAUAGGUUUUAUACGACAUUUUAUUACUGAUCUUAUAUCUUGCAACUAUGGCAGGAAACCUUCUCAUCAUCACUGCAGUAGUUUUGGAUUACCAUCUUCACACCCCCUUGUACUUCUUUCUGAUGAACCUGGCCAUUCAGGACCUUGGCUCUGUUUCAGUCAUUAUCCCCAUAUACAUCAUCAAUUCCUUCAUGAAUGACAGACACAUUCCUUACUCAGGAUGUGUAGCACAAAUCCUCUUGUUUGCCUUCUUUAUAGGUGCUGAUGUUGCUCUCCUUACAGUCAUGGCAUAUGAUUGGUAUGUUGCUAUUUGUGAUCCAUUGCAGUAUGAAAUGGUCAUGAACAGAAGAGCCUGCUUACAAAUGGCAGCCAGUGCAUGGUUUGCUGCUCUUCUCAAUGCCAUAUUACACACAAGUGGGACCUUUGUAAUGCCUUUCUGUUCCAAUGUUGUCAAUCAGUUCUUUUGUGAAAUCCCACAGUUACUUAAGCUUGCUUGUUCAGACUUAUACCAGAUUGAAAAGGGUGCAGUUUGGUUUAGUAUGACAGUCUGGUUUGGUUGUUUUAUCUUUAUUAUUAUAACAUAUGUGCAGAUCUUCACUGCUGUUCUAAAAAUUCCUUCUGUUCAGGGGAGGAAAAAGGCCUUUUCAACUUGCAUUCCCCACUUCAUUGUCAUUUCCAUGCUUACACUCACUGCCUCCCUUGCUUACCUAAGGCCCAGUUCUAGCACAUCAUCUUCACUGGAACAGCUGGUUACGAUAAUGUAUUCUGUACUCCCACCCAUGCUGAAUCCUUUGAUCUACAGCCUGAGAAAUAAGGAGAUCAAGUGUGCCUUGUCAAGACUCUUAAAUCUGAAGUCAUCUUCCAAGAAGGCGUUAUGUAUUUGUCUUAUGUAAUGUGAUAGUUCUAUUUGCCUAUUUUAUUUUAUUUCGAAAACAUUAAGAUGUUUCUUUGUAACAAACUGAGAUAUAGGGCUGAUUUCUCUUGUACUUCUUCAGAAAAUUAUGUCUUUAGAUCAAUGAAGAUGGAACAUAUAUGAUUUUAAAUGAAUGAAUACACAAAUACACAUAGAUAGAAACAUGCCUAUAGUUUGCCCCUAAAAUGUAUACACUCUUUAAAGGCUAAUGAUAGUUAUGGGUAUUGUUUGAAGAAGAAAUGCAUUUGGGGAAUAAUGAGGGGCUGGUUGUUAGGGGUGUUGUGGAUGUAUUUUUUGGGGAAUGUUUAGCUUUUUAAUGUAAUUUUAAGUGUAUUUUAUUGUAUUUGAACUGUUUUUUAACUUUUGUAUCCAUGACAUAAACAUUUAAUUGUUUUUUUUUAUUUUUUGUAUUUACCUUGUUCUUAAAUUUUAUUGGGUUGUGUUAUGUUAUUGUUUGCCACCUUAAAUCCCUAUGGGGAGAAAGGCAGUAUAGAAACAGAGUAAAUAAAGUAAGUAAAGAAAGCAAUAAAUAUCUCUGAUUUAUCUGCAGCAUCCCCACCAU